AUGGAUGAUAAUUUUGUGAAAACAAUCUGGCCUUAUGAAGAAGUGAAAUUUAUGGUGGUUGACUCUGAGGGUAGUGCAGGAGGCCUCAUAAGUAUUUGGAAGCCACAAGUCUUCAAGCUCAAGGAUUGUUGCAGUAGCAAAAAUUUCAUUAUUCUAUCAGGUAUGUCUAGUAAUACUUUUCAGUGCACUCUGGUGAAUAUCUAUGCUCCUAAUGAGGUUAUAAGGAGGAGACAACUGUGGGAUUCUCUGGUGAGGAUCCAUCAACAUUUUCCAAACCCGUGGUGUGUGGGAGGAGAUUUUAAUGAGAUUAGAUACAUGGGUGAGAGGAAAGGUUGUUCAUCUAGAGAAAGAUGGAUGAAGGAUUUUAAUGAGUUGGUGGAAAAAUUGGAAUUAACAGAUAUGCCUUUGCUAGGAAGGCAGUAUACUUGGUGCAAUGCUCUGCAUGGGAAUAGGUGGAGUAGGAUUGAUAGAUUCCUAGGUGGGAGGAAGCUCAAGUUCAAGGGUGGGCUGGGUUUGGAGAUGAAAAAACUGAAUAUGCUUAGGAGUCACUUAAGGGUGUGGAAUAAGGAGGUGUUUGGCAAUAUAGACACUCAGUUAAAGGCAACAGAGAAGGAGCUACAUGAAUGGGAUUUGAAGGCAGAGUCUAGGUCCCUUGAAGUUCAGGAACUCAAGCGAAGAAGAGAAGUUAGAAGCCAGGUGUGGCAGCUUAGUAGGAGUAAGGAAAGGUUAUGGCAUCAAAAGUCCAGACAUGUAUGGGCUCAUUCUGGGGAUCAAAAUACUAGGUACUUUCACAUUAUGGCAAGUAGAAGGCAGAGGAAAAAUCUGUUAGACUCUUUUGUUGUGGAGGGUACAUGGGUAGAGAAUCCAGUUCAGGUGAAACAAGAAGUGGCUAUGCACUUCAAUGUGUUGUUCUCUGAGAAUUGGAAGGUUAGGCCCAAAAUUCUAGGCCCUUUUGCUGUUAUUAGUACUGUGGAUGUUGGCAACUUGGAAAUUGAGUUCUUAGAAGAUGAGGCAUGGAAUGCAGUAAAGGAUUAUGAUGGGAACAAAGCACCAGGCCCAGAUGGUUUUAAUCUGAAGUGCAUUUAA